AUGGUACAGUCUGCCCCCAUCCGCGGAAAUCCAGUCCCUGCAGAUGAUCUGGUGGAAAUGUUAUGAAGACAGGUUUUAAGCCAAUUAUCAUAUGCGAGCAAGCAUUUCACAGUCUACAAUUAGGUGGGGAUUUAAAGCACACAUUGAAGAGCUGUUGAAUCACAAUCUCUGGAAAAUGGAUCCAGGAUACUUAUUACAUCUCGCUAUUUGAAAUACGUCUCAAUUCAUCUCACUCACUGGCUUUCAUUCUACCAUCAAUAACAUACCAGGCCGACGACGACUGCUAACUAGCUAGCGGGUAUUCCUAGCCACCUAGCUAACAUACUGGUUUCCCCAUUCUUUUCUCAGAUGUCCACAAUGACCACUAAGGUUCUGCAUGCUCCUCCUACACCUAGCCCUGCCUCUUCGUGAUUGAACAGCUGCUGACUGACCAGAGAGGUGAUAUAUGUCUGUGUGGCCAUGACUUAAAGACGUCAUCAAUCAAAGAUGGAGAAAAAGAAAAUGUGCCCCCGUCUGCUGGACUACCUGGUGGUGGUCGGAGCCAGGCAGCCCAGCACUGAUACCGGGUCCCAGACCCCCCAGCUCCUUCGUCGCUACCCGCUGGAGGACCACCCGGACUUCCCCCUGUCCCCGGAUGUGGUCUUCUUCUGUCAGCCUGAGGGAUGCCAGAGCAUCCGUCAGCGCCGGGUCAGCCUGCGUGACGACACCUCCUUCGUCUUCGCACUCACUGAUAAAGACUCGGGCAUCACGCGCUACGGCAUCUGCGUCAACUUUUACCGCUCCUUCCAGCGUGGGGGGCACCGCCGUGACAAGGCAGGUAGUGGUGGAACGGCGGCACAGACAGCGGAAGCGACCAGCGAGGGUUCCGAUGGCAGCGGUGGCUGCCCCACUGCCUCCACAUUGCCCACACCUGCCAGUGCCGACACAACCGCCACGUCCACGCCAGGCACAGAGCCGGGACCGCCCGGUGGUGAGCCAAAUGCCGGCAGGUCCCCUCGGCACAAACGCAGCACUGGCAAAAUGGUCAAUAAGAACCGUGACAGCACGCUGACCUCGCUGUGCAUGAUCAGCCACUACCCCUUCUUCUCCACCUUUAGGGAGUGCCUGUACAUCCUCAAGAGAAUGGUGGACUGCUGCAGUCACAGGUUGACCCAGCGCGUCGGCCUGCCACGCGGAACUCAGAGGGACACCAUGUGGCGUGUGUUCACGGGGGCCCUGUUGGUUGAGGAGAAGGGCAGCCAGCUGCUGGCUGACCUGCGGGAGAUCGAGUCCUGGGUCUACCGCCUUCUGCGCUCUCCGGUGCCCGUGGCGGGCCAACGGCGCGUAGAUGUGGAGGUGCUGCCCCACGAGAUGCAGCCGUCACUCACCUUUGCCCUGCCUGACAACUCUCGCUUCUCCAUGGUGGACUUUCCCCUGCACCUGCCCCUGGAGUUGCUGGGUGUGGAUGCCUGCCUCAUGGUGCUCAGCUGCAUCCUGCUGGAGCACAAGGUGGUCCUCCAGUCGCGGGACUACAAUGCCCUGACCAUGAGUGUCAUGGCGUUUGUAGCCAUGAUCUACCCCCUGGAGUACAUGUUCCCUGUCAUUCCCCUACUGCCCACCUGCAUGGCCUCCGCUGAACAGCUUCUCCUUGCCCCCACCCCUUACAUCAUAGGUGUGCCUGCCAGCUUCUUCCUCUACAAAUCCGAUUUCAAAAUGCCCGACGACAUUUGGCUCGUGGACCUGGACUGUAACAAGGUCAAAGCACCCACCAAUGCAGAGCACCUACCCCCUCUUCCCGAGCCGGAAUCCACAGAACUCAAGAAACACCUGAAACAGGCCCUGGCCAGCAUGAGUCUCAACACCCAGCCCAUUCUGAACCUGGAGAAGUUCCAGGAGGGCCAGGAGUUACCCCUGCUCCCCCCCGGCCAGAACAAGGCGUCGCCCUCCUCCACCGAGUUCAACCCCCUCAUCUACGGCAACGACGUGGACUCUGUGGAUGUGGCCACCAGGGUUGCCAUGGUGCGGUUCUUCAACUCCCCCAACGUGCUCCAGGGUUUCCAGAUGCACACACGCACGCUGCGCCUUUUCCCCCGGCCUGUGGUGGCUUUCCAGGCCACGUCCUUCCUGGCCUCGCGGCCCCGCCGCUCCGGCUUCGCUGAGAAGCUGUCGCACACCCAGGCCGUGGAGUACUACGGCGAGUGGGCUCUCAACCCCACCAACCUGGCCUUUCAGAGGAUCCACAACAACGUGUAUGACCCAUCUUUGAUCGGAGACAAGGGCAAGUGGUACGCCCACCAGCUGCAGCCGGUGUUCUACCGCGUGUACGACGGCAGCUCCCAGCUGGCCGAGGCCAUGAGCGGACCCCUAGAGGAUGAGGCUAAUGACUCGGACCCCACAGACGACAGCGACAGCGAGGCUGGCUACGACGACUCCAGCUCUUCCUACUCGUCACUUGGAGAUUUGGUGAACGAAAUGAUCAAAUGUGACAUCCAAGGGGACACGCCAAACCUGGAUCCCCCUACCCACGCUGCACUGGGAGAUGCCAGCGAAGUGGAGUUCCAGGACUUCCAGGAGUUCAAGGGAGAGGGUCCCCUCCCUCAAGAGAAGGCACUGCCCGAGGGGGGCGAUGGACCUCCUGAACCUCCUGAUGGACAAGCCCUCCGCUCGAGCUCCAGCACAACCGCCAGCUCCAGCCCCAGCACAAUCAUCCAGGGAGUCAACAAUGAGCAGGCAGAACCAGUGGAAAUGGAGGCGUUGGCCAGUGCAGCUCUACAGAACCCUGUCCCGGGAUUGGGCGUUCCGCCCUUCUCCAGACCUCCUCCAGAUGCUGCCCCUGUGGGACCAGCCAAUAAGACGGGAGAGUACGACAACCCCUACUUUGAGCCUCAGUAUGGCUUCCCUACUGAGGAGGACCCUGAGGCAGAAGACCAAGAGGAGACGUACACGCCCCGGUUCAACCAGAACCUCAACGGCAACAAAGCCCAACGCCUCCUGAGGCCCAGCAGCCUAAAGCUGCCCGGAGAGUCAGACGGAGAGGGCGACUCCCGCAACAGUUCUCCAAAUUCCACCAUCUCCAACAACAGCAGCGAUGGCUUUGGGGGCCUCAUGUCCUUUGCUAGUAAUCUGUACAAGAACCACGGCACCAGUUUCAGCCUCUCCAACCUGUCUGUACCCAAUAAGGGGGGGCUGAGGGAGAAGGCCGCUGGGGCUGGGCCCUUCCCCAAUCUCAAAGAUGACAGCCCGACUAGUAGCCCUGGCCCAGACAGUCCGGUAUUUGGACUAAAUUCUCUAAUGGAGAUAAUUACAGAGGCCGGCCCGGGGAGCGGAGAAGGAGGCGCCCGCGGUCCCCCCAGAGCCCUCGUUGACCAGAAGUCGUCGGUCAUUAAGCACAGUCCCACGGUCAAGAGAGAGUCCCCCUCUCCCCAGGGUCGUGCCAACAAUACCAGUGAGAACCAGCAGUUCCUGAAGGAGGUGGUGCAGAGCGUGUUGGAGGGCCAAGGCGUGGGCUGGCUCAACAUGAAGAAGGUGCGCCGCCUGCUGGAGAACGAGCAGCUACGCGUCUUCGUGCUGAGCAAGCUGAACCGGGCCGUCCAGUCAGAGGAGGAUGUCAGGCAGGAGGUCAUCCGUGAUGUGGAGAUUAGCAGGAAGGUGUACAAGGGCAUGUUAGACAUACUGAAGUGCACCGUUUCUAGUCUGGAACACUCGUACACCAAUGCCGGGCUUGGAGGCAUGGCCAGCGUCUUCGUUCUACUGGAAAUAGCACGCACCCACUACCAAACCAAAGACCCAGAGAAGCGCAAGCGGAGCCCCAGUGACUCUGCAAGCAGCCCGGGCAGCAAGGGGAGCCCGUCUCCCCGCAUGGAGGGCACCAAGCCCCCCCGGGUCCUUCUGGUUCCCCGUCUCCAACUGCCGCACCCCACCUCCGGGGGCAAAGGCACCCGCCACUUUGACACUCGGAGUCUGAACGAGGAGAAUUUUAUUGCCUCCAUUGAAUUGUGGAGCAGGCACCAUGAAAAGGAUAAGCAAAAAGCUAUGGAAAAACAACAGAGAGCGGAGGGGGCUAAGAAACAGCACCCUGAGCUGACCGACAUGGAGGAGAAGAAGUCCCAGAUCAGUGCUGACAGUGGCCUCAGCAUCACCUCCGGUUCCCAGAAGAGUGACACAGAGUCUGUGACCAGCACUGAACCGCCAGUCCUUACCCGAAGCACCAGCCAGGACUCAGAGGCCAGCACAGUGAUAAGUAACAGCUCAGGGGAGACGCUGGGAGCUGACAGUGACUUGAGUAGCACCGCUGGAGAGGGCUUGGGUGGCAGGCAAGCCCCCCACCUCAACCUUUCCAGGGGAACACUGUCCGACAGCGAGAUUGAGACCAACCCGGCCACCAGCUCAGUGUUUGGUAAGACCCAAAAGAUGAAGCCUGGUGUGAAGGAGGCGAACGCUAAACUUGUGCCUGUCCUGGCUAAGGGGCCUCCCGCCCAGCCUUUGGAGGACAUAAGCAUGAGGAUUUACCUGUGUGAUGGCCUGCUGGGGCGCGACAAGAGCUCCAUGUGGGACCAGCUGGAGGAUGCUGCCAUGGAAACCUUCUCUCUGAGUAAGGAGCGCUCUACACUGUGGGACCAGGUCCAGUUCUGGGAGGAUGCUUACUUGGAUGCUGUCAUGUUGGAGAGGGAGGGGAUGGGUAUGGACCAGGGACCUCAAGAGAUGAUUGACAGAUACUUGUCACUCGGGGACCACGACCGUAAGCGCCUGGAGGACGAUGAGGACAGGCUGCUAGCUACUCUACUGCACAAUAUGAUCGCCUACAUGCUAAUGGUUAAGGUGAGCAAGAAUGACAUCAGGAAGAAGGUGAGGCGUCUGAUGGGGAAGUCCCACAUCGGCCUCAGCCACAGCCAGGAGAUCAAUGAGUGUCUGGACAAACUGGCUAAUUUGAAUGGCCGCGAGCUGUCCAUCAGACCGAGCGGAAGCCGUCACAUCAAGAAGCAGACCUUCGUGGUGCAUGCUGGGACAGACACCACGGGGGACAUCUUCUUCAUGGAGGUGUGUGACGACUGCAUAGUCCUGCGCAGCAACAUCGGCACAGUGUAUGAGCGCUGGUGGUACGAGAAGCUCAUUAACAUGACCUACUGUCCCAAGACCAAGGUGCUGUGUCUGUGGAGACGCAAUGGCCAGGAAACUCAACUCAACAAGUUCUACACCAAGAAGUGUCGUGAAUUGUAUUACUGUGUGAAGGACAGCAUGGAAAGGGCUGCUGCACGACAGCAAAGCAUUAAACCAGGUCCAGAGCUGGGUGGAGAGUUCCCUGUGCAGGACAUGAAGACGGGCGAGGGAGGACUGCUGCAAGUCACCCUGGAAGGAAUCAACCUCAAAUUCAUGCACAGCCAGGAGCGGAAGGUUUUCAUAGAGCUGAAUCACAUUAAAAAGUGCAAUACUGUGAAGGGAGUCUUUGUCCUGGAGGAAUUUGUUCCUGAAACUAAAGAAGUGGUGAUCCACAAGUACAAGACACCCAUGGCACACCAGAUCUGUUACUCCGUCCUCUGCCUUUUCUCCUACGUGGCUGCGGUGAAAGGGAAGGAAGCAGAAGGCAAGUCCAAGCUCCUAUCUCCAAGACCCCUGCCCAGCUAGUCUACGACCCAUCCAAUCUACACCCCCCCUCCCACCCACACACACACACACAAAAACCCCUGUGCCUCUCACUCUUCAACAAAGUGGAAUCUCGGUCCUACUAUGAAAUUGAGUUCUGACAAUCCUUGACCUACUUAAGCACACACCUCUACUCCUCUUUGCACCCUGUAAGUACAUCUCCAAGAAAUACCCUCUACUUUUGUGCAUGGCCCUGUAAGUAAAAUCCCGUGUGUGUGUGUGUACAUAAACUAAGCAAAAAAAGAAACGUCCUCUCACUGUCAACUGCGUUUAUUUUCAGCAAACUUAACAUGUAAAUAUUUGUAUGAACUUAACAAGAUUCAUCAACUGAGACAUAAACUGAACAAGUUCCACAGACAUUUGAAUAACAGAAGUGGAAGUGUCCCUGCACAAAGGGGGGGUCAAAAUCAAAAGUAACAGUCAGUAUCUGGUGUGGUCCCCAGCUGCAUUAAGUACGGCAGUGCAUCUCCUCAUGGACUGAGCCAGAUUUGCCAGUUCUUGCUGUGAGAUGUUAC